AUGGACGAUAUCAGCGGAUUUAUACGACUCUUACUCGGGAAUGCCGCCGCAACUCAAGCUGUGAACAAUUCAACAGUUCCCAUUUCCCAAACUACCGCCAGCACAGAUGUGAAGAAUCAGGCAGGUACCAAUCGCGAAUCGCCAGCUAAACCUCCUGGUGAGCAAAUGUCUUAUGACGUUUUUACUUCUGGUUUGAACGGAUGA